UUUCAAUAUCAGUAUCUGAGAGAAGGAGAAUUGAUCAGGAUAGAGGGAUCGAGAGAGAUGGCAUUGGAGACUGAUAGGAAUGCUGCAUUGUCACCCGUGGCUCCUCUUGCCCCCGUCACUCUGGAGAGGAAUGUUCGGACUGACUUGGAAACUUUUAUGCCUAAGCCUUAUAUGGCUAGAGGAUUGGCUGCUCCUGAUACAGAACAUCCUAAUGGGACACGAGGCCAUAGACAUCACAAUCUAAGUGUUCUUCAGCAGCAUGUUGCCUUCUUUGAUCAAGAUGACAAUGGAAUCAUCUACCCCUGGGAAACUUAUGCUGGACUUCGUCAAAUUGGUUUCAACAUAAUUGCAUCCCUCAUCAUAGCUAUUGCCAUUAACGUUGGCUUGAGCUAUCGUACUCUACCAGGCUGGAUACCUUCUCCACUUUUUCCCAUAUAUGUGUACAACAUACAUAAAGCCAAGCAUGGAAGUGAUUCCGGAACCUAUGACACAGAAGGAAGGUACGUGCCAGUAAACUUUGAGAACAUGUUUAGCAAGUAUGCUCGAACUGUUCCCGACAAGCUAACUCUGCGAGAACUUUGGGAGAUGACUGAGGGCAAUCGAAUAGCAUAUGAUCCCUUUGGGUGGUUUGUAAACAAGGGAGAGUGGAUAGUUCUCUAUAUCCUUGCUAGGGAUGAGAAUGGAUUCCUAUCCAAAGAAGCAAUUAGACGAUGUUAUGAUGGUAGUUUGUUUGAAUAUUGUGCUAAGAUUCAUGCUGGAGUUGAAUCCAAGCUAGGAUGAAGAAACAUUGCAAACUCCUGGCAGCUUUCCCAAUGCUACAUGCUUUCUUGCUUUCUGAAACUUGGUACUUUCUGAUGUAAACUGUACUCAAAAAUCUUUUCUGGCUCUGUAAUUGGUCAAUGUGACUACUUGCUAGCAUGUACUUAAUUUACAGCAGUACCUUGUUAUUACA